UCCCAUCAGGGUGAUUUCGACCUGAGUGACGCAUCCUACGACAAAAGCGAUCUUUUCCGUGACGCACAUUUCGCGGGAGACUCGGUUGUGGAAGCUGAAAGCGGACGAGGUGAACAUGAGUAAAAAAGAAAACGGUGCACCAGUAAUACUCGCCUAUUUGAAUGAGAAGAACCGGCCAUACAGCGCCCAGGAUGUCUUCUGUAAUUUACAAAAGCAGCACGGGCUGGGUAAAACUGCAGUGGUCAAAGCCAUGGAGCUACUGGCUCUAGAGGGCAAGAUAAAGGAGAAAACGUAUGGCAAGCAAAAGAUUUAUUUUGCGGACCAGGCUCAGUUCGCAGAUGUGAGUGACACAGACCUGAAGGGGAUGGACAGUCAGAUCUCGGAGCUCGGUGCAGAGGCUCAGUCCCUCACGCAGAGCUGCAAACAGUUAGAUGCAGAGCUAAAGGAGCUCAACAGCUCCCUGACAGCAGAGGAAAUGAUGUCAGAGAUCCAAGAGCUGAAAGCAGAGUGUUCUGGGUACAGAGCGCGCCUGGAGAAGAUAAAGGCCGCCACAAAUCACGUCACGCCUGAAGAGAAGGAGAAGGUUUACAAAGAAAGGACAGUUUACGUGAAAGAGUGGAAAAAGAGGAAGAGAUUGGCUUCCGACAUGAUAGAUUCGAUCCUGGAGGGAUAUCCUAAGAGCAAGAAGGAGUUCCUAGAUGAAGUCGGAGUCGAGACGGACGAGGACUGCAAGGUGGUUGUUCCAAGUACUUGAGAGAAGCUUGUUCUGCUACUUCAUCGUAAGCCUUUAGAUUACACAUCAGAACAAACUGAGCCACGGCACAUUUUAUUUAAAGCUUUUCUUUUGAACAAAUAAUACAGGUUAUAUAAAAGGCAACUGGAACAACAGCUUUUUAUAGAAUAUUUAUACACUAUGUAUUGUCAUUAGACAGCACUCAGGGAUGCCCUACAAGUCUAGAAUGAAAAUGGCAAUUACUUCAUUAUUGCUCUAAGAGGUUUAUAUUCUUUGUUCUUAUGUUUGUUGUUGUUUUUGCCAUGUGUUUUGAAAACUGUUAAAAGAAAAACCCAUAUUUUAUUAAAACAUGGACAGUUAUUCACAUUCUA